AUGAAGUGCAUCUACCUCGUCCCUCUUCUCGCUGCGUCGUCGCACGCCUUUGUCGACUGCUCCAAGGAGGUCCUCACGGCCGUGUACAAGUGCGCGGACUCGCUCGAGCCGCACGACGACCACUACGUUAACACGGUCCCUCGCAUUGGGUCGCCCGGCAUCCACAACGCCAUUUGCUACGGCGACUACCCGCAGUGCAACGACCUCCAGCAGCUGCUCGGGAAUCCGGCCGCCAACUGCGACGUCUCGCUCGCCAAGGGCUACUACGUCAACAUUGGCCGUGACUUGCUCUCGCCGUGCGCGAACCCGAUGCCGCCGCGCACCAAGGACGUCGAGCUCUGCACGGGCACAGGCUUGACGCUCUCCGAGUUUAGCAGCAAGCUCUACACGGACGUGCACGUGGGCAACGAGAACGAACACUUUGUGUACAACAACACGGACCGCACGCUCCGCGCCAAGAGCAACGGCCAGUGCGUCGAGGCCAUCAUGACGCCGUGGCCGGGCGCCGUGCACACCGUGCCCUGCAACGGCAACGCCGAGAUGCAGCAGUGGACCAUCGAGAAGGAGCGCGUCUCGGCGCUCCGCGGUGGCUUGUGCCUCAAGGCCGAGCCGGCACGCCGUGGCGCCGUCGUCGGCCUCACCUCGUGCAACUUUGGCGAGACGUCGCCAGCGUAUUUCGUCGAGUGCGCGGCCGCCAAGCCGAAGUACGUGACAGUCACGUCGCAGGGAAAGCGCCUGAGCGAGUACUACACCAACCUCUACGCCAACGCGCCGGCCAACAACUUCAACGAGCUCUUUGUCUGGGACCAAGCCAACAAGAUGCUCAAGGCUGCCAGCAACAACCAGUGCUUGGACGCGUACAAGGAUGCCAACGGCAAGUUCAAGCUCCACACGUACGCGUGUGACGUCAACAACAGCAACCAAAAGUGGAACUUCAACCCGAGCACCAAGACACUCGAGCACGCGACCCACGUGGGUCAGUGCCUGGACGCCGACCCGACGUACGCCGACCGCCACGCGCAAAUGUGGGCGUGCACCCCCAACAACCCCAACCAGCAGUGGUCCAUCGAUACCUUUACGGCUUAA